ACAUAAACAAGAAACGACAGUCGAGCAUCAAGCUACUGUGCAUCAGUGUGUGUAAGUGGUUUGAUACACCCAUUUUUAUCCAGUUUUUUUUUGCCUUGGCCACUUAACAAAAUUUUUUUGUGUGAUAACGUUCAAGUUAAUAUCAGUUGAUAGUUAUAAAAGAUAAUUUGUACAUUUUGUUCUGUAAAUUACGUGCAACUUCGAAGUGCGUUGUGCUCCAAGCUCGAAACGUCCUCUUAACCGUCGGAAUAUUUUGCGUACUUUGACAAAGUGUUCACGAAAAUAUUGUCGCGAGUGUAAUAAAUAAAUUUGCAAAACGGAAAAUGUGCUCUCUUCAAGAAUCGGAUAGCUGCCAUGUCAAUGGAACUAAUGAAGACGUAUGGCGUGCAACGAUGUUGUCCCAUUUCAUUCCAGAGGUUGUGUUUACAAUACUCGCGUCACUGUUGCCAAGCGUGGAAUAUCAACCAAUAAUAUUUUCUAUGAUAGGCUCAUCCCUUAUUGGCUUGAGUGGUGUUUUUCCAUUGCUUGUCAUCCCGAUUGAAGAAGGCGCCAAUCUGAAAACCGGGGCGGGCGCGCACACGCUGAAGGUGCUGCUGAGCUUCGCCGUGGGCUGCCUGCUGGGGGACGUGUUCCUGCACCUGCUGCCCGAAGUCUGGCACGGCCGCGAGCCAGACGACGCGCUGGCCCCGGGCAUGUCCAAGGGCCUGUGGGUGCUGACGGGCCUGCUGAUAUUCGUGUUCCUGGAGAAGGUGUUCGGGUCGCCGCCUGCCCCGGAGUUCCAGCCGCCCGUCGCCGCCGGCUCCAAGCCUCGCGCGCCGAACCACAACAACCACAACAACAACAACAACAACCACGUGGCGGCGGCGGGCGACAGCGCCGCGGCCAAUGGGCGCUGCGCCGACGGGGAGCGCGCUGACCUUGGGACCGCCCCCAUCCACGUGAGCGGCUACCUGAACCUGAUGGCCAACUCGUUCGACAACUUCACGCACGGGCUGGCGGUGGGCGGCAGCUUCCUGGUGUCCGCGCCCCACGGGGUGCUCACCACGCUGGCCAUCCUGCUGCACGAGAUCCCGCACGAGGUGGGCGACUUCGCCAUCCUGCUGCGGUCCGGCUUCAGCCGCUGGGAGGCGGCGCGCGCGCAGGUGUGCACGGCCUCUGGCGGCAUGCUGGGCGCGCUCUUCGCCGUCGUCGUCAGCGGCGCAGCGGGCACGGCAGAGGCCCGCACGUCCUGGAUCAUGCCGUUCACGGCGGGCGGCUUCCUGCACAUCGCGCUGGUGACUGUGCUCCCCGACCUGCUGGAGGAGGAGAGUCCCCGGGACUCGCUGGUGCAGCUGGCGUCGCUGCUGCUGGGCGUGGGCGUGAUGGCCGGCCUGUCCGUGCUCACCGAGUAGCCCCGGUCCCGACGUGAAUACCACCCUUGCAUAGUAUUCUUGAAAGUGCCAAAGUUUUUAACGCAAGAUAACACACACAUUGUAUUAUUACAAUUUUUUAAAAGUUUUUGACUGAAAAUAAAACUUUUUUUUAUUUUUA